AUGACACCCUCUUGGCAGGCUCGUGUUGCGAAGCAGGCGUACGAAAGACGAGACGCUCGUGUUGCUGAACGUGAAGCGAACAACCCUGGAUCCGGGGUUGAUGCUGGCGGUGGUCCCCGAGACACCCCAGCUGAAAGUUCUCGCCAACGCGAUAGUGGCAGAACUUCCGGUGCUGGUCAUGGCAAUUUUGCGCCUGAUCGUCACCGAGGCCAGAGCAGCAAUGCUCAGGCUCUCAGUGCAAGACACGGGGUCAACAAGACCCGUGCUGCUGACAAGCCUGCUCCCCUCGUCCUUAGCGGCGAGUUACAAAGAUACGAGACGAUGCGGGGAAACUCGCUCGAUCCUGUUAACACCUCCGCUAGAGGUGGUCUCGAAGCUGAUCUUAUGUGGAAUGCCAACAAAGACCAGCUUCGGGGACUGAUCAGUCAGCCAGAAGAUGGCGAGAGGGUUGUCAGACUCGUUCAAGAGCAGACCGGCGCUGAGCGCGUUAUCAUACGUGCAAAGAAUUCCGGUACUGAUCGUGUUUUCAUACGCGCAUAUCCUUACCGCCCUGACCUGAUCGCCGCUGCCGAGAGGGAUCAGGUCCCCGUUACGAUUACCUCGUCAGAUGGCACAGUGAGGUUCAGAAAUAUGCCCGGAAGCCCCAAUGCUCGGUGUUGCUCGUGUGACUCGCCAGGUCACACCCUGAACAACUGCCUCGCCUCUAGCGAAACCGGCGUCAUCGAGGCUUGCAUCCUCUGCAACAGUUCCAGUCACUUGACUGAUGGGUGUGCACAGUUUGUUAAGCUGUCACUGUCCGGCAAGCUCAAUGUGCUUGUCACAGAGCGGGCCGGAAAGCCACCGCUGGCUACCGUAAAAAGCUGGUGGGACUAUCUUCUCGACUGGUAUAAAUCAGACGAGACCCGGGAUGAGCAGGCCCCUACUGCCUUUCCUUGGAGACAGGAAUUCGCGGCCAGAGUCAACCGUGGAGACUUCCGGGGCAAGUCCGUGGAGGACUAUCAGUCCGAGUUCAACCGGCACGGGAGCUCGGCAUCGCCCGUGGACAACGAGAUGCAGACUUUGUCUGAUGUCUUCUACCGGUACUGGAAGGGAAAAGAAACCCCCGUGCCCUCUCGCGUACAGGCCCAGAUUGGUCGGGCUCCCCUUAACCCCUAG